AUGACCAAUAUGAUCAAACAAACUAUUAGCUUAUUUUUAUUGUUGCCUUUAAUUGCAACAUCUUUUGGUAUUGAACCAGCUGAAAUAAGAUCUCUUGAUAACGCAAAUGUUCAUGGAAAAAGAAAUAUAUUAGAUGAUGAAAGUAUUGCUGUUUUUCCAUAUGAAAUUUUUUAUGAACCUGUUUUAUCAUAUGAUAAAAGAUCAUCAAGUCCAUUAGUUAGAUUUGGAAAAAGAUCUUCUGAUUUAAAAGAUGGAUCUUUAAUUACUAGAGAAUUAAGAGCAAGUAUGAUUGAUUCUCCACUUGUAAGAUUUGGAAAACGUUCCCCAUCAGGACCAUUAGUACGAUUUGGUAGAUCACCUGCUGUACCAUUAGUAAGAUUUGGACGUUCUUUAUCAGGACCAUUAGUAAGAUUUGGUAAAAGAAAUUUUGAAAAUUUGGAUUCACAAUAUGAUAAACGUUCAGGAAUGUCACCAUUGAUAAGAUUUGGACGUGCAUCAGCAGGACCUUUAGUAAGAUUUGGAAAAAGAUCUGUCACAGAGGAGGAUGAGUUUAUGGCUGAUACCAUGGAAAAUUAA